AUGUUUGAAAAACAACUUGCACAAACAUACCCAGACCAAAGUCACAUUAAUUAUCAAGUGGGAGAUCUUAUAGGUUUCAUUGGUCAAUGUAAAGAAUUUGCGGCCCUUAUCUUUGAUCAAAAAGUGAACGCAUACGUUCCAAGAGAUAAGGCUUGGAUUCAGGAAAAGAUCGUCUCUCAUUUAAGAUUAAAACUCGAAAAGUCCAAAAAAGUAACUAGUCACGAUAUUGGUAACAGGGCACCUA